AUGUUCGUUGGAAUGGCUCAGGUCGCCGCUCAGGCAGGAGUGCCUGUUCUGGCGGCGGGACUCGUGUCUUCACCGGGUUUCGGGGUUGUAGACUCCGGCUGUGGACGCACGCUCAUCGGAAAGGACACGCUCCAGCAGCUCGAGGCAAAGAUAGGCAGCAUGAUCGGCAAGACGCUUGAGACCUACCAGGCCACGAGUUCGUUCAGGUUCGGGAAUGGCGCCACGGAGGUUUCAAGCAUGGCCGUGAAGAUACCUGUGGGCAUCGGAGGGGUGCCUGGCAUCAUCGAUGCGGCGGUCAUCCAAGGUCGAGCUCCUCUUCUGUUGGGGCGUCCAACCUUAGAGAAGCUACAGGUCUCCUUGAACUUCGGCAACAAGACGAUGCGGUUCCUGAACGCUCAGGAGGCCGUGCCCAUGAAGGUCAAUGAUGCUGGCCAGCUUCUCAUCGACAUCCUCAGCUACCCCAGCCGCAUGGUUGCUCAUAAGCCUGUUCUUCCCGCUGCGGAUUCAGUAGAGGCAUCUGGGUGUAAGAAUGAUGUGGCUCAGGACGUCACGUGUGGCUUGCAGCCUUCACUGGAGGGACAUGUACCACCACCGCCAUCGCCUGAACCCUUAGGACCCUUAAGCCCUAAGACAAACAAGAACAAGAAACCCAUGAAGAACAAACACUGUAAGUGCCUCCUGGCCCAGGUUAAAACCCUAGACGCCAAGCAAUCCGCACAGGUUGCAGUGGCGGAGUUGUUCUCGCCCCCUCGCCUGACUGAACAGGCUCGCCAGCAUGGAGCAACGGGGCUGGCGUUUGACAUUAAGCAGGGGUGUGAUUUAGGAUGUAGGAGCACGCAGAAGGAGGUAGACCAGUUGCUUGAAGAGGCCAGACCUGCCUUACUCACAGCAUCUCCCCCAUGCAUUCAUUGUGGUGACUGGGACAGUCUUCACAUGAUCCACAGGACGCCUUUGGAAAGAGCCCGCAUGCUGAUGGUGAGCCGUCAGCAGUUUCGCUUUUGUGCCCAGCAGAUACAGCGCCAACUGGCGCGCGGCGGUCAUUUUCUCCUUGAACAUCCGGUGGGUUCUAGGAUCUGGAAAGACCCCCUCAUUAGACCCCUAGUUAAUAAGUAUGGUCUGGUUCGGGUUGAUAUGUGUGCCUACGGUCUCACCUGCCCUAGGUCCGGUUUGCCCAUCAAAAGGGAGACCGCUCUGCUGUGUUCGAAUCCGAACCUUGCUCAAGGAGCGAGGACCUGUCCCGGAUGCCACAGGCAUCAGCACAUCCAGGGCCAUGCAAGUUCGGGGGUGAGUAGGAGCGAGUUUUCAGGUAGGUAUUGUUCAGGUUUCGUCGAAAUGCUCUGGAGGCACGUGGGUUUCAAUGCGUGUGAAAGCUUGGUUGUGCAGGGUGAUCCCCUGGACUGGACUGCCUUGGAAUGCGAAUGCCUCGCAGGAAGCGCUUUCCAAAGAGCACCUGAGAUCCCGAGACAACACGAAGCGCCUGCAGCAAAUGAGCAACCUGAAGAUCCCCAAGAACAGCAGCGACUCAUAAAGAUAGACCAAGCCCUCCUUAAGUUGCACAAUAACUUAGGACAUCCCUCAAAUAAGGAGCUUGUUCGGGUUCUCAAGCACAGUGGUGCUUCAGAUCGUGCGGUCCAGCGUGCUUCAAGCCUCUCCUGCAGCGUGUGUGCAAACCAGAGUCGGCCAACAGCACCACUUCCCGCAAACACCUCUAGCAUCCCAGUUCAAUGA